GGCCCCUUCACUGCGAGCACCUGCGGACAGAGCAUCGCGCUGAUAAAUAUCCCCAUGCCCCAGCCUGAGGACGGCCACAUAUCCAGCUUCACAACCACUCCAUCGCCCUCUCCAUACUCCCAUCCCCUCCUCUUGUCCCCGUCCGCCCCCAGGUACGACCACAGCGUCGCCCCAUCCCGUCACACCUCCUCUUCACCAUGCAGCGGCACGCCAGCUACGGGUAUGCCCAGGCAGCCCCCACCACCCACAGAUACUCGGGCACCAGCAGUGCCUUCAGCGCCAGUGCGAACCCCAACGAAGACUGGACCAAGAUCUCGGAUCUGGCAGAGCGGAGACGAAUUCAGAACCGGAUCGCGCAGCGCAACUACCGCAAGAAGCUCAAGAAGAGGCUCGAAGACCUCGAGCGCCGCGCUGCCUCCAGCUCUGCGUCGCCAGAGCAGCAGCCGGCCGAGCUGGACCGCUCCCACUCGCAGCCUCGUGAGGAGUUCCAUUCGCCGAGCUCCUCCGACUCGGUGGACCACCAGGAAUACGGCCGGCGGACGCCUGAGAUGCAGAACCAGUAUCUGCCACACCACGAGGAGCGCGGCAUGUUCUCGCAUCAGUACACCCGCCAAUUGUCGACGUCGCCACCGCCCUUCUCGUAUUCGACGUAUCCAGCUCCCGACGCCGUGUCGUACGCCCCGUAUGCACCUGCCUACAGCGGCCUGCCCGCGACGACGGCGCCUGAGAUGCCAAUGUACUCGCCGUAUCUGCCGCCGCUGUCGUCUGCCUACCCCACCACGCUGCCCAGCCUGGUGCACCCAAUGAAAGGCGAUUUCUAUGGCGAGGACGACAUCAGCCCCUUCAGCAUGAGCUACGCGACUAUGGCUGGCAUCGAGAUUCCCGCGCCGCACUCCUACGUUUCCGACGCUCAUGUGAGACUCCCCAGCAAGCCGUACUAUGCCCACAGCCUCUCUUCCUGAAGCCUAUCCAUCACUCCCUUUCGUCGCCAUACAGCAGAGCCACCGCUGACCGCAAGACUGGCAGACACCACCACUGCUGGAAUCUUUCGAUCACUCAACGACGGGGUCGCCCCCAGACUCGGCAACAUACAACCCUACCACGCCCAACUCGAUGCCAGGAACGCCUCCUCUUCAUCUGAUCUGAUCUGAUCUGAUCUGAC